GAUUUACAUUCUACAAUAUGUGAAUUUAAUAUCCAUCAUGGCUGCAGCCGUGGAUGGUUUUAGCGCCUGGUUAGGGCACAAACUUCAAGCGUUAAAUACCGAUGAAAAUGUUUUCGGAUCGUAUAUUACUGCUAUUUUAGAAGGUGAUGAAACAAUUGAAGAAAAAGUUGAAGGUUUAGAUGGGAUUCUUUCAGAAAUUAUUAAUAAUGAUACAUCCGUGUUAUCUAAAGAGAUUCUGGAUAUGUGGAAUAAAUACCAUCCAGUUGAAGAGAAUGAUUCAAAUCAAUCACAAAUUGACGUGGAUGAGAAAUUAGUUCGAUUAUUGGAGUCACAAUCUUUAGCUACAACUGUUCAACGUAGUUACACUGAAGAAGAGAAGAAAAUACGUGAAGCAAUUUUAGCACAGUAUAGUCAGAUGAGUGAUGAAGAAAAUGAAGAAGAUGAAUUUGCAAGUACAGGUGGUGAUAGUCGAGAAAACGGUUUGGAGAAAAAUACAAAUGCUUUAGCUGUUCAUUUGGCUGAAAAAGAGAAACGUGAGCAAGCUAAAAUGGAAAGCCAAAAAAAGAAAGAUAAAGAUAAAGAAGACAGAGAGAAGCAAAAACAAUUGAAAGAAGAAAGAAAAGAGAAACGUAAAACCCAAAAAGGUGAACGAAGAAGAUAGCAUCCUCUAAUUAAUAAUGUUCAUUACGUUUUUGUUGAAAGAAUAUUUUGUUUUUUUUUUCUUUAAUUGCUUUUAAACUUUAAUUUUUUAUGUUAUUUAUUCAAAUUUACUUACUAAUUUAUUAUUAAUUAAAUAAUAAUUACAUACCACCAUUCUACUUAGAUUUUGUGUUCCUUUUAAAACGAAAAUUAUAAUAAAAAACCUAAAGUUUACAAAAUAACUAUUUUCGAGAAUUUGUAGUCUAUCAAAAAUAGUUUAUUAAAUUAUUUUAUUUUCAA